GAAAACAAGACCGACAUGGGGCGAGGCACGUAUUUAAGCAAUUAAGGGUGGAAUUUCCAAUGGGUUUGCACCCGAAAUCGAGGCAGGGUCGGAUCAAGCCAGCGGGUUGCAAAUUAGGACGCGGGUGAGGGAAGAGAAAUAGUUUGUUUAGAUAUAUUUACAACCUGUUACAAGGGUCGAAAACCGUACCUGAAGACACAGUCCCUGAAACUUUCUAAAUUCAGAUUACUUUUGGUAAUAUGUUGGAGGUCAUACACUUUUUUUGAAAAUAGCAUUCGCUACGAAGGACCUCCGUCGUCCUCCGCAGCUUGGCGGGUACUGAUGAACCCAAAUUCCCAGCACCGGGCCACCAACCGAACUCUCGCAAUACAUUUUCAGAACUAACUCUCUCAUAUGUAUUUUUGUACACAUGCCAACCAAGUAGGAUGAGUAUUUAGUUGUCCGGUGCCUACACACUGUAUGAUACUUAUUUCGCGCUUGAAAAUAGGAUGGUUCCUAAUUUCGUGCAAAAGUGGUCCUAAUUUCACUCAUGUUUGUAAUUGAAUAUAGGGUAGCGAACCCAGAAAUCGCCCACCUAUUGGAUCACAUUGAUUUUCCGCAAACUCCAAUUGUUUAGACCUGGUAAAACUAAUUUAUUUUUAUAUAAUUAAUUAUCCCCUUUAUAUAGUAUAUCGAAUUGAACUACUUACUAAAAUGAAUCUGUAAAAAGCAACAUUUGAAAAUCAUGUAGUAGGUAUGAAGGUACUUUUAGUGUAUCACUCAUGAAAAAGAGAAAAGCAACGAACGCUCAUAUAUAGAGUUACUCAUGGAUUGUUAUUUUUAGUUUAAUUUUGUAACUAAAUGUUAUGCUAAUUUAUCGUUUUCUUUGAUGAAUUUCAUUAAAUUCCAUGAUCUAACAUGGAAAAACUAAAUAAAUCUAGUAGGCGAAAAUUGGUUCCUGAUCAAAGCAGUCGACCCAGAUUUCGUCCUGGGCGAACUGUCAUAUAUAGUUCGGAAUUUUCGUGCGACUCCAGUUUUCGUUUUGUUGGUGAAAUUUUAAAACUUCUAGAAAACGUGAAUUUAAAAAUAAAAAUGGUAAGAAGCCUUUAAAUUUCAACAGGUUUCGUAAGUGUUUAGUACAUUUCACUUAUUGUAUACAGGAACAGCGUAAGAAUAACGUACAUCGUACUCCCAAGAUAAAAUUUCUGCCGCUGUAUGGAAAGUUCGCAGCAAAGAAAAAGGGUAUCAAUGAAGCAGCCAAGCAUUUCGGAGUUCCCAGGUCAACGAUUCGUUCUCGUCUACAGAAAAAGGAACGUCAAGUUUAUCGCUCCGGUCCAAUGUCGGUACUGACGAUAGAGGAAGAAGGCGAAUUAGAGUCAUUGAUAUUUGACAGUCAACGUAGAGGCUUUCCGGUCACAAAGAGUAAUCUGCAGGAUAAUAUCAAAUCCUUCCUCGAUCGGAAUCUACGAGAGAAUCCUUUCAUCAAUAACCGUCCAGGGAAAAAAUGGCUGAAACUAUUCAUGCAGAGGCGACCUAAUGUGGUACUCCGAACGCCUGAGUUUAUUACAAGCGCUAGUGCGAAGGUUUCACCGGAUAAUAUCAGAAACUGGUUCCACGAAGUGGAAGCUUAUUUAACUGAAAAAGAUUUGAUGCAUAUACUGGACGAUCCGCGAAGAGUAUUCAACGGAGAUGAAACCAGUUUUCAACUGAAUCCAAAAUCCAAGGCCGUAUUAGCACUACGAGGAAGCCGAAACGUGUAUGAUGUGGAACGAAACGGCAGUAAAUUGAACGUAACUGUUAUGUUCACUUUCAACGCGGCAGGGGAAACUGUACCCCUUGUAUAAUAUACCCCUAUAAGAGUAUCCCGCAAGAUGUUGCCAAGUCCGUCCCAUCUUCCUGGGGUCGCCAAGUUGGACAGCGGAUGGAUGACAACAGUAGUAUUUCGCGAUUACAUCCGAAAUGUGUUGAACCCGUAUCUCUGUAUCCGAACGUGACCAGGAUUAUGCAACCAGCUGAUGUAUCGGCUUUUAAGCCACUGAAGAAUGGUUGGCCAAAGGCGGUAGAGAGGUUCCGUAAAGAUAAUCCGCUUCGUAGAGUAACAUUGCCGGAUUUCGCAGUUGUUCUUCAAGACUGUUUGCGCCAUUCUUUGACAUCGACGAGCAUUAAAAACGGCUUCAGAGCUUCGGGUCUCUUUCCUUGGAAUCAUAGUGCCAUCGAUUAUUCGAAAUGUAUGACCAUAUCGGCAGAGACAGAAGAAGAUGACGUAAUAGAGGCGGACGAUCAGCCAUGUACGGAGCUGAAUACGACGACAGACUUGGAACAUGCAAAAGCACUUGAGCAAUGCGCAGCAAUUAUUGGACCAACGCGAGCCAAAAAGUUUAGAGGAGAUUUCAUCGUACUCGAUAACGCCGAGGAAGAAGCGCUUUUUGAAAUUUUCCGCGUUCUGGAGGAAACUGUACCAGAAACUAUUAAAGCUAUUGAAAAUCGUGAAGAAGAAAAUACCGAAAUCGAGACCGAAAUCAUCAUGGACAACAAUUCGUCAACAUUACCUGCUCCUAUAAUAAAUGUGGAGGGCAUUGAUAUGCCCAAAAUACAACAGCCAACUUUGAAGGAGUGUUUGGCGCCGCUUCCUAUUCUAGAACGUGGAACUCAACGGGAGUACAAAUCAAAACGGUAUCAUGUCUUGACAUCAGAUGAGUUCAUUGAGGAGUUUUCCAGAAAAGAGCAAGAGAAGAAAUGUCUAGAGGAAGAGAAGGAAAACAGGAAAAAGAUGCGAGAAGAGCGAAAGAUAGCAAAUGGGCUUAAAAAGAAGCAACGAGAAGAGAAGAAGACUUUGAAGAAGGAAAAACUAUGCCUUCUAAGAAAAAAUGGAACAUUAUACUAUAUAUAUAUAUACUAGUAUAAAUUUGAAUCCUCUUUUGAAUUUUAUAAGGAACUUAAAUAUUUGAUCAAUAAAAAUAAUUUAACAAAAGCGUGUUUCUCAUUUUAUUGAAUAUUGAGUGUUAUUGUUCGUUUAUAGCUGAUAUUUAUUAGUGGGCGAAAACUAAUCCCAACUAUGGGCAAAAAUUGGGUUUGAGGAGGUCGAAAUUAGGUUCAAAUUAAGGAAUUACCAAAUUCGCAUUUUCAGGCAAUUUUUAGUAUUUUUUAUGCUUACGUUGUAAUGUGCAAAAGAAGUAUAAUCAGAAAAUAGAAACAGAACUGUUAAAUUACUUCCAUCAUAAUUUAUGAUUUACACACUCAGUUUUUAUUUCUGCAGCUCGGCAAAAAUCCGCACAGCCGUGCGCCAGCAAAAUAAAAAACUGAUAUUUCAGCAAAAAUGGCGUUUGUUAGCUGAUUUUCAGCAAAAUAUUUGCUGAUUUUCAGCAAUUUUGACAGAAAUCUCGGUAAAAAAAACAUGUUUGCUGGGGCACGGCUGUGCGAAUCUCGGUAAAAGUUCAACAUUUUGCUGAGAUCCCGGUAAAAAAAAUUAAGUGUGUAUGGCCUGGUUUUCAAUAUUCAUAUGUAAACUGGACGAUUUCUGGGUUCGCUACCCUAGUUAUUGGUUUGAUGAAAUAUAAUUAAUUGACCAAUAGGAGCAUGCAUCCAUUGCUAAUAUGCAAAUAACGAUAUCAGACACACAUCAGUACCCAUUAUUUAGUCGGAAUGGUGUGAUAUGAAUCUUGUGUAAUAUGAACCAUAUUUAAGGGAAAAGGCGUUGAAUGGGCAUUGUUCAGCUAAAUUAAAAAUUAGCAUUAAAAAAAAGUUUUAACUUUGGAGACAUCAUGUAUGAAACUCUGAAAUUCCGCUAUCUUUAUUCACAUAGGACAUCUUUAAAUAUGUGUUUUACAUAAGACAUCUUCAAUAUACAUUAUCGAAAAAGCUGCUAUAGUUUUAUCCUUGACUUAAGAUUAGCAUCAUUUUUCACAUCGGAUUUGAAAGCUAUUGCAGGCACUAACCUAUAAGAUUUGUCAAGUCAACAUUAGUCGAUGUCGGUGGUAUCCGCCAGAAAACUAGAUGCAAAGCGCAUGGAAUAAACUCUUCGGAUUCUAUUCAGUGUAAAACUGUCUAUUCCUGUGCAUCAUAUUGCUAGUGUAUCGUUAAAAUGAUGCAAAUGAAACUACGGAACAACUAUAAACGAAAGUAAGCACCACAAUUGCUCUCAAAUGCCUUAUUUCGAGCACAAAGCAAAAGUCUAACUAAAUACAAAUUACACAAAAUUUCACACUUUUUAAUUGUAAUGACGUGUUGCGGAUCAAGCAAUCGUUGGUCACUAAGGGUGACUACCAGUUGUUUAUACCAACUAAUAACUACGGACUAUUUUUUCAUUCCAAUUCAAACCGUUAAUCCUAACACACCUUCAUAAUAAAGAGCUGUUCCAAGUUACACAAGUUCGGUC